AUCUACUAUAUUCGAACCUUUGCAUUGACAUGAUCAGUUAGGAUCUCUUUGCUUCAAAUACAAAUACCUGUCUUCAGCUACCCUUUUCGUUUGUGAUUCUAAAGAGAACAUCAACCUUUUGAACUAGGUUUUUAAGAAAUCAAAGAUUGAUCAAAUUCAAACUCAUUCAAGAUGUUACUCUCAACCCCAACCUACAUUUUCAUCAACCUAACCAUCCUAACCUUCAUAUCAAACAUAUCCCAAACCCGAUCCCAAACCCCAGGUUACGCAGUAGUCUGUUGUGAUAACGUCAAUAACAUCUGUGGUGGUAAUAUAGAAGAUUUAAAGUGUCAAGAAGAAAACUCUAAUAAGACGUUUCCAUAUACUUGUGAAGUUGAUGAAAGUAAACCAAAGUGUUUGAACGGAGGAAAUCUUGAUCAGACUGUUUGUGUGAAUUUCGGUCAACUUACUUGUAAGCUUAUUAGGAAGUGAUUAAUUACUUUCAAGUUUCAAGACGUCCUUUUUUGAUCUUUUACAUGUGGAUGAGAAGGUGGAUUUUGAAGAUGGUUUUGAUGCGAUCUGAGUUGUGAUUUGUGCAAUUGAUUUGUUUUUUUUGCUUAUUUAUCAUGUCUCUUCUGAUUUUGUAAUCUUGUGAAAUUCAAUGAGAUCUUUGGUAUAUC